AUGUCUAAGAGAUCUGCUUCUGAGGACAUUGAAAGUGGCAGCAAUUCCGCUGCCCGUACCUCGGCAACUGCCUUGCCACCGGCCAAAACUGCUCAACUUGAAGGCGAUGACGUAGAGAUGGGUGACUUUGAAGAUCCUUAUGGUGAUGACUUUGAAUCCGAUGGAGAAAUCAUCGAAUUGGACUCCGCUGAAGAAGAUGAAGAUGCAGAAACCGGAGACGCCAAAAUGGAAGAAGAGGAAGACCAGCAACAAGCACAGCAAGAAUCCACCCUUUACCUUCCACAUAAAUCUAAACCAUUAGGUCCUGAUGAAGUUUUGGAAGCUGACCCUACUGUAUAUGAGAUGUUGCACAAUGUUAAUAUGCCAUGGCCAUGUUUGACGGUAGACAUCUUGCCAGAUGCCUUGGGUAACGAAAGAAGAUCCUACCCAGCAUCUCUUUAUGUCACAACUGCCACGCAAGCGUCCAAGAGCAAAGACAACGAGUUGAUUACCAUGAAGUUGUCUUCGUUGGCCAAGACCUUGGUAAAGGAUGAAGAUGAUGAAAACAAUGAAGAUGAAGAUGAAGACGACGAGCACGUGGACCCAAUCAUGGAGUCUGAAACCAUCCCAUUAAAGCACACCACCAACAGAAUCAGAGUGUCCCCUCAUGCCGCUCAAACUGGUGAAUACUUGACUGCCACCAUGUCUGAAAAUGGAGAAGUUUACAUUUACGAUCUUUCUGCACAAUACAAGGCAUUUGACACCCCAGGUUACAUGAUCCCUAAGACUGCCAAGAAGCCAAUGCAUACCAUCAAGGCCCACGGUAACGUUGAAGGAUAUGGAUUGGAUUGGUCUCCUCUCAUAAGCACUGGAGCUCUUUUGAGUGGUGACUGUUCUGGACGUGUCUACAUGACUUCGCGUACCACUUCCUCAUGGGUCACUGAUAAGACCCCAUUCUGUGCAUCUUCAUCUUCCUCCAAUGCUUCUGUGGAAGAUAUCCAAUGGUCCACCGCUGAAAACACUGUUUUCGCCACUGGUGACACUGAUGGUUAUGUCCGUAUCUGGGACACCCGUUCUAAAAAGCACAAGCCAGCCAUUUCUGUCGCUGCUUCCAACACCGACGUCAACGUUAUCUCAUGGUGUGACAAGAUCAACUACUUGUUGGCUCUGGGUCAUGAUGAUGGUACUUGGGGUGUUUGGGAUUUGCGUAGUUUCAGUGCUGGUCCAACCAAGCCAUCUCCAGUUGCUCAUUACGACUUCCAUAAGUCUGCCAUCACCUCGAUCUCUUUCAACCCAUUGGAUGAAUCCAUUGUGGCUGUUUCCUCUGAAGAUAACACUGUUACCUUGUGGGAUUUGGCUGUUGAAGCUGAUGAUGAAGAAAUUUCUCAACAAAGGAAGGAAGCUCAAGAAUUGCACGACAUUCCUCCACAAUUGUUGUUUGUGCAUUGGCAAAGAGAUGUUAAGGAUGUCAGAUGGCACAAGCAAAUUCCAGGCUGUUUGGUAUCCACCGGUGGUGAUGGUUUGAACGUUUGGAAGACUAUUUCUGUAUAG